AUGGCAUGCCCACAUGCCAAGAGUGUAUUCACCUCAUUAAUGGAUGAGGAAAUCGGACUGGCGUGUGUGGUACCGGGGUUAGCAGUAGCAGGCCCUCCACACGCGUGGUUUCCGACUUCACCCCCAGUGGCUUCUGGCGGGGGCUUAGACAGCAGGGAGGAGGGUGUGGCUUCAGUUGCUGGGGGUCUGGCGAGGACACCGUGUUCCCCGGAGCAGAAGGCAGGACUGGUCGCCAUAAAGGAUGCCCACGACAUAGAGACCAGGCUGAACGAGGUGGAGAAGCUGCUCAAGGCCGUCAUCAGUAUGCCGCGGAAGUAUUCCAGGUCCGAAGUCGUGCUCACCUUCUUCGAAAGGUCUCCCCUGGAUCAGGUGUUAAAAAACGACAACGUCCAUAAAAUUCAGCCCAGCUUCCAGAGCCCGGUGAAGAUUUCGGAAAUCAUGAGGUCCAAUGGAUUCUGUUUAGCGAACACGGAGACGAUCGUUAUUGACCACAGUAUCCCGAACGGAAAGGACCAGCACCUGGCCGUGGACCCGGCGGAGCACCUGUUUGACAGCGGUGGGGAGUUUGCCCCAGAGCUGGAGGACGGUGACGACCCGGCGGCUUAUGUCACCAACCUGUCCUAUUACCACCUGGUGCCCUUUGAGACGGACAUUCUGGACUGAGUCUCCUUGGGGCUCUCCACCCCCCUGCCCCACCGUGGCCACGGCCCUGCUGCCAUCGCUGUGCCGGGGACGGCCACCCCACUGCCCGCACCCUUGGGGCCAGGUGUCCUGUGAGUGGGGACCCCACGUCUCCGACAACCGGGAGUCAGGUCACGGGGGCCCGGCGCCCCUGCUGCUUCUAGAGGUCUCCCCGUCUGCACGGCAUCCCUGGGACCUGCUGCUUCCCCACGUGGAGGAGCCCCAGGUCCCCACGGGACGUCCCGGGGCUGGGGCUGGACACCCACGCCUCCUUCUGGUGGGUAACCCAGGUCCGUCACCUGAUAAGCGCACAAAGCAUUUCGUGUGAGAGUCCGAACUGUCACCAAGUUGGGGGCGGCACAAUGGUGUGUGUACCGUCUCCCCAGCUUCCCUGGGAACCAGGAUGUGCGGCUGUCAUUUCUGCUUUUCACCUGCUCCCUGGACACUGGGCUGUGUCAGCCGAGGGGGUGCUGGUGGAAGGCUGGUCC